AUGGUUUUCUUCAUGUUUGCAGCAAUUAUCGUAAUGAUGAUGGAUAAUGGCAUUCAUGUAACUUCUAAAAUCAAAGGUGAUGAAACGUUCAUCUUAGGUGGUAUUGUUGAUCGAACGAAUGAGAUCGGUUUGCCGAAACAGGCCUCCUUAUUAGCCGCGAAACAAGCGAAUGUUGUCGCACGUAAACUUCCCUUGGACAGAUAUAUCAAAUGGAAAUCAGGCACGAAGUUAUUGACGUUAACAGCGGUAGCAUCCAUUUUGUACGAUGUAUACGAUUCGAAUGGCUCGUGGGAGUUCGCUCUGAAAAAGUUUGUAUUUCUACGAAAAUAUCCUUUUAGUUUCGUAUUAAUCGGUUUCGCUUUUGCAUUAAGAGAUCAUUUCAAAAGAUGCUGUACCUAA